AUGACCAUGGCAAGCGUGUCGACAGGAAAUAGCGAGAGCGCUGCUCGCCCAGAUCCCUAUUCGGGAUCGGCUGACUUCAGCACGAUUAUCGCUCCGGUGUAUCUUUCCAAGAAACUAGAAUUCGAGACAUUUUCAACGCUGAGCGUCAAAGCGACGGAACCGAUCGACGCAAGUGAGGUCCUUGUGGUCGAGCAUGGAUACUGUGACCGUAUUAGUGUGGAAGACGAUGGUAUGGAAAUGUUUCAGAAGAGUAUUUUUGUCGUGCUGGGAGAUCCAUCCCUAUUUAACUCGUUGCGACCACGAUCCAUGCUGCUGCUAGGGAAUGGCAGCGAGCAGGUCCGAGGGGAGGUAUGGCAGCCUGGUUUUUAGCCGUACCAUAAUAAAGGAGAGCUAUGCGUUCCGGUUCUCAAAAAAGUCCAGAACAAUAUCCAUCCAUCGCCUUUUGCACAUGCAGGGGAGCA